CUGUUGGAAUUCAGCGUGCAGCUGCGGUUUCACAUCUGCGCUUCUCUGUUGUUCACUCAGGUAGGAUUGGAUUUGAGCACAAACGCAUACCUCAACAAGAAUGGCUAUCGCAAUCGUCAAGAUCGGAAUUUCAUUGAAAAUGCUACCAAAUAACAGUGCCGUGUUCUUCAAAUCGGACGGUGGGAGAUUUGGCCAAACCAGGACGAUUAAAUUGCUAACGGGGUCAAAGUACAAGAUUGAAGUGGUUGUCAAACCUGGGGCUGCAGAGGCAACCACUAUGAGUGUAGGCGGAGUCAUCUUCCCCUUGGAGCAGAAGUCUAGAGACCCCCAGUCUGUAGUCUACACUGGCGUCUACAACACAGAGGGCAUGACUCACACCAAGAGUGGAGACAGACAAGCUGUACAGAUCAGCUUGCAGUUCACAGAGGUGGGCUCUUUUGAAGUGGUGUGGCAGGUGAAGUACUACAACUACAAUAAGAGGGACCACUGCCAGGGAGGCAACAGUUUCAACAGCAUCGAGUACGAGUGCAAGCCCAACGAGACGCGCAGCCUGAUGUGGGUCAACAAGGAGCUGUUCGUCUGAUGAUACCAACCAACACAGACAGCAUCAGGGUUGUGUUACUUAGGCACCAAAACGGAAGUUAACGUAGUGAAACUGGGCAGUACUAUUUUUAAUUUUUUACCUUUAUUUAACUAGGCAAGUCAGUUAAGAACAAAUUCUUAUUUUCAAU